CCGAGAUGAAAGGUUUUUUCUUCUUUUCUUGUGUUCAAUUUCUCGCUCUCCUCGAUGGAUUAAUCAUCACUAUCGCACGGGAGGAAAAGUUGAGUUAAUCAUAGUGAAAAUUGGCCGAAAAAGUGACUGAAAUCGUGGAAAACUGGUGUGAAAACCGUAUCGCCGUACCGUUCGCAUACAAUGGUAUAGCAUGCCGUAGUGUUAGCGUAGAGUGUCGCUGCUAAUCGGUCGUCCUUUUGGAUGGGAGUAGUGACUUUGCAGUGCCGUUGCAAAAUCGUCAUCGUGUGCUGUGCACCAGUGUAAUGCACUAGCUGCUACUGUUGCUGCGUUCCGUUGCGCUUGCUGAGGCGGUGCAAACAAAGGAAACGUGUGAGAAAACGAUUGCGUACGAAUUUGUGUACUGAAAGUUUGAUUGAAGCAGAAAGGAGCAGAAGGGAAACAGCGUGAGAACAGAGGGAGUAAACAACGUUGAAUACGCACAACGAAAAAGCAUGGGUGACAUGAUGCGGUUAAGUAGUAGCGGUGGAGCGCUCGGUGGUGGUUUCCAUCGUGAUAAGCUCGGUUCACCGUCCACUGGUUCAGAAGACGGUGGUGGCAUUGAUCUGGCCGAUAUUGCCCAGGAACUGGAUCAGGACGAGUUCGAUGGUCCAGCAACGCUGAACGGUGCAUUCGACCGUCCGGCCAUUACUGCUCCACCGGAGAGUGAAUGGUAUCAUGGGCGACUCGAUCGAUACAGUGCUGAGCAGCGACUGAAAUCGACCACCAAACUGGGCAGUUAUUUGGUUCGCGAAAGUGACCGCAAACCGGGAUCGUACGUGCUGAGCUACCUCGGACGCACCGGUAUCAAUCAUUUCCGCAUUACGGCAGUGUGCGGUGACUUUUACAUCGGUGGUCGGCAGUUUUUCUCGCUUAGUGAUCUAGUCGGUUACUACACCUCGUGUAGCGAUUUGCUCAAACGGGAACGGCUCGUGCAGCCCGUACCACCGCCGGAACCAGUCAACGAUAAGAAGCGCGUUGUGGCCAUCCUGCCGUACACCAAGAUGCCCGAUACGGAUGAGCUGACGUUCCAGAAGGGUGAUAUCUUCUUCGUGCACAACGACAUGGGUGACGGGUGGUUGUGGGUGACGGCACACAGAACCGGCGAACAGGGUAUGAUCUUUCGCGAGCUGGUAGAGGAUCUUGAUCCCGCCAUCGAUCCAAAUACCGUGUUUCCAUGGUUCCACCCAACGUGCACCAAGAACGAGGCAGUCGAUAUGUUGGUGAAGGCCGGACCGGGUAGCUUUCUGGUGCGUCCGAGCGAUAAUUCACCGGGUGAUUACUCGCUCUUCUUUCACAUCAACAAUCAGAUCCAGCGGUUCCGUAUCGAGAAGAAAGGUGUACGGUACCUGAUGGGUGGUCGUACGUUCGAGUGUCUCGAUGCGGUAAUUAAUCGGUACCGGAAGGAGCAAAUCGUAGAGGGGCACACGCUGAUGCACCCGGUCAUUAAUGGCAGCCAACCGGAGUACCAUCCUCCGACAAAUUUGGCCAGCGCGGCGGAAAAGAUUUAUGCAACGUUGCGCGAGUGUCGCGAUCAGAACAUGCUGAAAAAGACCAAGGGCAUCAAGCAUCAUGGCUAUUUGUUGAAGAAAUCGGACAAAACGGCCAAAUGGAAGCAGCUGUUCUUCGCCCUGCUUGUGGAGGGUUCCGAAACGCACCUGUGCUUCUACGACAAUCCGAAGAAAACAAAGCCGAAGGGUUUGAUCGAUCUUUCGUGCGCUUAUUUGUAUCAGUGCCAUGAAUCAUUUUGGGAGCGACAACACUGCUUCCAGAUAGUGGAACGGGCGCUUCCGUGUCUCGCUACCAUCACCUAUCUCUGUGCCAACAAUCAGGAGUGCUACGUUGAGUGGAUAUCGGCACUGAAAUCGCACUGCGUGUCGCAGCUAAGCAAGGCACAAUCAAAGGUUCCGCGGCUGCGCGAACUUCGCUGUCUGAAUCUACAGAUUCUGGAAGCGCAUCGUUUGCCGUUUAAGCUGGUACCACACCCGUACUGUGUUGUCUCGCUCAACCAGGUGAAAGUGGGCAAGACGCGUGUUAAGACAGCACCCGAUCCCGUAUGGGAAGAGGAAUUCGUCCUGGACGAUGUUCCGCCCGAUGUAGUUACGGUUACAAUAACCGUGCUCAGUCGUGGCAAACGUGGCAAGGAUUCGGAAGUGGCAGAACUGACCGUCGAUCUGUGCAGUCUCAAGAAUGGGCAGGAAACGGAGGAAUGGUUCCCGCUCAACGGCAUGACACCGAUGGGUGAGUGGGGUUCGAUUCGGUUGCGUAUACGCUACCUGGACGAUCUUGUCAUGCCGUGCGAGGAAUACAGUCCGCUGCAGCAACUGCUUGUCGAAUCGGAACUGAACGCAGUCCGCGCUCUAUCGGAGAUAUGUCACAACGAUCGCAUCCCGCUUGCCACGUCACUGUUGAAGGUGUUCCGGCACGAAAAGCGUGAAACGGAGCUGCUGCGAAUCCUUUGCCAGGCGGAGGUGGCACGCGAAAAUGAAACCUCCACCCUGUUCCGUGGGGCAUCGCUAGCAACGACACUGAUGGAUCUGUACAUGCGUGCCGAAUGUACGCUCUUCCUACAGUCGGCCGUAUCCGAUACGGUGCAGCGGAUACUGGACAGCAAACAGUCGGCCGAACUGAAUCCAACGAAGAUGGACGUCAACGAUGAUGCGUGCUCGAAUGCGGAAUUUUUGCUAAUGAUUCUCGAUCAGGUGACACAGUCGAUCUUCACCUCGCCGGACGCGUGCCCCCGGACGGUACGGUACAUCUGCAACUGUUUGCAGAAAGCGGUCGUGGCCAAGUGGCCCUCACCGAACGAACGUCUGGUGCGAACGCGCGUCGUGUCCGGAUUCAUCUUUUUGCGGCUGCUCUGUCCCGCCCUGCUCAAUCCUCGUCAAUUCGGUCUAGUCAAUGAAACGCCACACCAAAUGGCGACCAGGUCGCUGAUCAUGGUCGCGAAAUGUUUACAAAAUCUGGCUAAUCUCGUUGAAUUCGGUGGCAAAGAACCGUACAUGGAAGUGGUUAAUCCGUUCAUCUUAAAGAAUAAGGAACGCAUGAUUGUAUUUCUCGACCAGCUGUCAUCCGUUACGGAUCCUAAUCCACCUCCCGGUUGCAUGCAGGAACAAAACAAUUCCUGCACCCUGUCCAGCUCCGAUGCAGGCCGUGAGCUCGCCACACUGCACCACAUCUGUGUGUCGUAUCUGCCGGAGCUGCAAGCUAUGAGCAAGACAAACAACGCACUGAAGAAGCUCGUCACCGUGACGGAGAUGCUCUCGAAACACAAGCUGAAGUAUCGCGAAAUGAUCAGCUAAUCAGUUCAGCCCUGAACACACGAAACAUGCCCCAACAAGCAACGAGUCAGUCUUUCUGCCAAUGCAUCCGUCAUCUGUGAAAUGGAUGCAGGGUUUUGUUAGUCUCGUCGGAAGAGAGGUUGUUUUGUACCUUUGUGGAAUGCAGGCGUUAGAAUGGAACAACCGAACCGAUGAAGGAUAGUUUUGGUAAAUUCGCACAAUUUCUAUAUCUUCUGAGGCAAACAUUUUUCCCGCUAUAUGCUACUAUCACCCAUUACCUUUUGCCUUGGUGUCCCGGCAGAUGUAAAGACCUGAGGUGUGUUAGAAUGUGCUUUUUUGUCUGUCUCUCUUUCUCUUGUACACGCACGUCUAUGUGUCCCAAUGUAAGUGAAUUGAUUACCGUAUACUCAGGAGAAUUUGACUUUAGGCUUAAAGACGACUGAAACAGCAAGCAGCAACAGAAGGUUGUCUGUUCAAUGGUACAGGGAUUUCGAUCCACUCAUUGUAACAUCUGUUGUGAAAUGUUACUACCAUCAUAUUGGUAUGUAAUCUGUCUGAAAUCUUCCCACACUACCUUUGGGAUCUAUUUGAACAAUCUAAAAAAAAUGGUAAUCAGCGGUAUAGUUGAUUAGCGAGUUUUGCAUCAUUGAGUGGAAAAAGUUCAUUAUGUGAUCGCUAAGCUCUGCAACCAGAUAUUCGCUAUGAAAUAUUCUGUUUAGUGAUAGAACCCCAGUAAUGGUAAAAUGACUCAUGUAAAACAAAUUACCGACCUUCGUUCGGAAUCAAUUCCUUUUUUGAUUUUAGGCUCCUUAUUUAAUCUAUCAACCAAGAAGAAAAAAAGCCCUCCCUCCUUUCGGAACGACUGAUUUUUUCUUCCUCACAUUAGUGCAACAAGGUGUAAUCGGGUGCGAUUUAAAUCAACAUUUAUAUAAACACUACACAAGAUACCAACCAGCAAAACAGAAGCAACUUACGCCUGUAGGUAAACGAAACGUUAAUUAAUGAUCCAUAAAAAUAGCAACCAGUUUAACAUGUACGGAACGUAGAAAGAAUUGCGCAUAAUUUUGCAUUAGAACGUGAUGAUGUUUUCCUUCUUCAAUAUUCCGUGACCGGUGCUUGCUGCACGGUUGAAGUAAAGUAACACUGUGAACUGGUAUCCAUUUACAAACUAGUCUCGUCGAAAAGGGUUUUAUACAAGAUUAAUUUCGUCAGUUGCUGUGCGUGUAAGAGUAGUAGAUAAUAGUGAUUCACGUAACUAUCCUUUUUUUAUUCUAUUUUUUUAAUAAUCUCGUCGGAUGCUGCAUUGUGCUGUGCGAAACGGUCAUUUUAAUACACCAAGAUUUGAAGAUUCCAACCUAGGCCUACGCAUAAAAGCGUUACGCAAAAUAACAAGCGAAUAUGUUUGUUCUAGUGACAAGCGACUGACGAUUGUGCUGCGAGUCUUGGUUGAUGUCCCUUGUUCCAUUUUGCUUUCCAAAUUUAAAACAGAAAAUAUCUCGCUAUACAGUCUUAGCGAAAGGCUUAAAACACCCGACCUAACGCCAAUCGGUGUAAAACAAAAUGAAAAGACAAAUCUUUCGCGCACAAUCGUGUUCGUUCUUUCUUUCCUUUUGUCGUAAUGAGUUUUUUUAAUUGUUUGCGUAGAUUAAUGAGUAAGAACAUUAAUAACAAUCCAGGGAUAGAUCUAGAGACAACGCUAAAUCAAACCAGAAGUUUAACUUUAAGGUAGAAAAGCAUGGUAAACGGAAGGCGAACGCCGCCGCGUACAUAAAUAAUCGAUUAAUGAAGCCGUGAGAAAAGUCCGAGAAGUGUAAGACACGGUAUAUGUGGUGCAGUGGUAGGACAAAUGCAGACAAAUCUCAUUCGCAUACAAUUGAAACCAAAAAAAACUAUUUUAUACAUAACAUUUUGCCAACCCUUUGAUAUCUGCUGCGUCACAUUCCUGUGGAAGCAGCGGGUGACGAUUAGCGCGAUGGUGUAAUGUGCUCUCUGUGUUUUUAUUCGCUAUGUUUGCUAGACAACGAAGUAAAUUUACAAAAUUUAAUGUUUUUUUUUUACGGCAAGAUUCACUGCUACUUACCACGCUCAGAAGCGGAGAGCUCAGCUCAGCAUGCGCCAGAUUAACGCUUGCAUAGUAAGUAGCCAUUAAUCUUGAAGUGUGGAGCAUUCGGAUCGGUACAAUCCUUUAUGUUUUUGGUUGUUCAAGGAUCCUCAAUAUCCCCAUGAUUUGUUUACUUUAAUACUCGAAUUUUAGUACCCAUUGUAUUCCUGCUGAUAAAUUGUGUUCCAUACAUGAUAAAUUGUUCGAUAAAGCAUUAAGCUCCACCUCCGUUCAGGGGGUUGCAGAAAACGAGAGUUAAAGGGAGAAUCGUCAGCGGAAGAUGACGCGUGCUGCUUAAACUGUUCUUCUUCACGGACGCAUUUUAAUAUGAAUCGAAAAAUAUAUACACAUAUUUGAUUAUUUAGAACCAACCUAUAUAACAUGCUACGGAUAAUAAAAAGAACAAAAAAAAAGGUACGCUACUGA